AUAACAAUAAUUAUAAUAAUAAUUACAAUAAUGAUAAUACAUAUCAUUCGAUUUGAUUCGAUUCGUGCGAUCGAGAAGAUUCUUACUUGGAUACUUACAUAUGUAGCAUGUAUAUAUGUAUAUGUACAAUACCCAUUGCCACCGUCACUGUUGAUGUUGACGUUGUCUUUCGCGCAUGUAACGUUACGCGAACACGUAUUAUGUUUUCAAUAAUGUAUAUAGUCAAAGUUAUAUGAAGAAAUUGAUGCGUAUCAUCGCAAUGUCUUGAAUUUUGCGUGCGGGGAAAUCCAUUCUCGGAUAGAGAUUAGCUUUCGUUUCGUUUGACUCGGAAAAUAUCGUGUGUUCAAGAUGUUGUCAGAGGUUGACGUAUUCAUAAGUAAUUAUACCCUCGUCGAUCCCGAAAUAUAUCAGCUUUGGGUCGACGGUCAUUCUUCUAGCGAUGCGGUCAAUAUUUUGCAUCAACGAGGUAUAUGCCAUCAAACAAACGCUCCUAUCGAGCUGGUUGCUUCCGACAUUCUAGACCACUAUCGAACUUACGCCCUUCUGGAGAAGCUGCUCCAUACACCUACAAAAUUAGCGAGCGAACAAAUUGCGUUUCAGAUAGAACCUCAAACCAGUCAAAUGCUCAUUGAAAUGUACUAUGAGUUCGACGACAUUGUUAUCAGAGAGUUGUUGGGCAAAAAAUUAUCCUCGAAAAGUAGAAAAGAUAUGGACGAAGUAUCGGAGAAAACGGGUAUGACGUUGAAAAGCUGCCGCAGACAGUACGACAAUGUGAAAAGAGUAUGCAAGAUCGUCGAGGAUUUGCCAGGCUCCUUGGUCGCCAAUAUCGAGCAACAUUUUUUACUAUCCGAAGACCUUGCCAAGCGAUACGCGGCUGUGGUAUUCAUCGCUUGUCUCAGAUUCGAAAUGAACAAAAGGAAGCUGCAAUUUCUAACGUUCCCGGAUUUAUAUCAUUGCGCCAAUAGUAUGAUGUCUCGGUGGACAUAUCGCUGCGUAGGCUCCGAAUACUUCGAUACGGAUUUGGACAGAGAAUUUCUAUUCGCAUUGGCAGACUGUAGGUUAUACUUGGAAAGCAAUGUAGACCACAAACGUUUUGUAUGUAGCAAACUGGAAUCCAUACUUUCGGAACGUAGCCAACGAGAAGUGGAGAACAAUUUCCGUUCGUACUCCAGAGCGAUAUUGGGAUUAGGAUGUAAUCUUCAUCGCUCCAGAGACCUAAGGUUCUUCUUUUUAGAACUGGUAGAGAAAUGCGUGGAACCAUGGCGCCAGAGCAAUUGUAGUCACACGGAUCUUAAGAACUUUCUAACGAUUUAUACUCAAUGCGGGUUAGAUAUGCCUGUACUGAGGGACGGAGGAUUGAAGGACGCUUUCGAACGCUACAUGGCUGUCAUAACAUCUUGUUUAUUACGUAUGUAUCAUCCAUGACUAUCGGCAGGGGAUGACGACACUGUGCAAAAAAUAAAUAUGGUUAGCAUCGACGGGUAGUUAAUCAUUACAGAUGAAAGAGUAUAGACGGAUUUUAUGUACAUUGCAAUUUAUUACGUUUCAGUAAUAAAUAAUCGAUAAACAAAUGCAGCGUUUACACGCUCAUUUCAUACACGCCAAUAAUUUACAAUUCUUUCAUGUUAUCAACGUCCAUUGCGUACGUUCCGCGACGCGUAAUGUUGAUUUGUUAUUUGGAUCUACAUUAUAAUUUAAAUAUUCCAUCGUAGGUAUUACUGUUCAUACGUAUAUCACAUCAUAUACAUGUAUGCAUAUAGUAUAUAGUGUAGAGUAUAUAGUAUAUACUAUGUAUAUGUACGUUAACGGUAUUCACAAGUAUGUUUGCAUGUACUAGAAACCAAUUAACAAAUAAACGUUUCACUUUCUA